AUGUUACACGACAGGAAGUUCUUGCUUACGGUCCGCUUUAGCCGACCACUUAUAUUCCUAGACCCCAAUGCCUCAUCAAAAGCUAGAAAACUAUCACCGGAGGAGAUCCAAGUCUUCAAGGAUCUCUUCGAUUCAUAUGACACAGACAAGGGCGGCAAUAUUAGCGUCGAGGAAUUCGCGAAAGUGAUGUCCCAGAGCCCAGGCAAACCACCAAGUAAGGAAGAGGUAGAGCAAAUUGUUAAGGAAGUUGACCUUGAUGGCGAUGGAACUAUCAAUUUCAACGAAUUCAUUACUAUGAUGACUGGGCAGCCCUAUCCGCCACCAGAUGAGGAUGCAGACUAUUCCAAAGCUUGGAAACAGUUUGACCCAUCACUCAACAGCUCAAUUAGCCAAAGUCAAUUCCGACAAUUGAUGUCUGGAUUAGGAGAUCCAGUUAGUGACGCCGAAGUCGACCAAUUGAUUAACAAUGUCGAUGGUGAAGGGAAGCUGAGUUACAAAGAGUUCGUGCAUUUCAUGAAAAAUAGGAACCUUGAAAACGACAUCCUCAAUGGUUAUUCUUAAGCGAUUUAAUCGUUAGUCUUAGAAGCCCAUCCAAGAAGAAGGGGGGAAGAGUCAUAGCGCCGUGGGUUCUGUAGGGGUUCUCACCCCGACAACCAUUACCUGCCAAAUAGCGACUAGAACUUGCGGCACAGAAUCGCAUGUAUUAUCCUAGUUAUUUCAUGAUUAGGAAACCUUAGACUUGGCUCAAGCAAAAUAAAGAAGAAAAAAUGUCAAAUUGAUUAGAUCAAUAGGUACUUGUCUCGACAUCUAUAAAGUGAAGGUCCGAGAUAACCGCUCCCAGU